CAGCCCCGCCACGGAUAAAGGGGUCCUCAGAGUAGUUCAUGCUAACAAAGCAGGCUCCAAAAUGUCGGGAGAGGUGUAUCUCCUGUGGCUCCUCUCGCUUUUACAAACGCUGUCGGCGUAUGGUGCCGAUCUGUCGUCUGAGGCAUGCAGAGAGCUGGGCUUCUCCAGCAACCUGCUGUGCAGCUCCUGUGACCUGCUCGGGGAGUUCAGCCUCACCAAGCUGCAGCCCGACUGCCGGCAGUGCUGCCAGCAGGAGGCCCAGAUGGAAGCGCGCAAGCUCUAUCCUGGGGCCAUCCUCGAGGUGUGUGGAUGAAAACUGGGGAGGUUCCCCCAAGUCCAAGCUUUUGUCAGGAGUGACAAGCCGAAGAUGUUUAAGGGCCUUCAGAUCAAGUACGUGAGAGGCUCUGAUCCGGUACUUAAGCUUUUGGACGAUAACGGGAACAUCGCUGAAGAACUCAGCAUCCUCAAGUGGAACACAGACAGCGUGGAGGAGUUCCUCAGUGAGAAAUUAGACCGGAUAUAAACAUGUGUAUGUUUAUGUUUUUGUUUUUGUUUUUAGUCUUUAGUUAAAGGGUCUUUUCUCCCAAAUUACAAUACCUCUAGUUGUAUGUAGCCAUGCAGAUAUUUUCGGUUUUAUGUGCCUGAGAUAUCUGUGUCCGCCUUCAGGUAAAUGGAGUUUUGUUUGUGGUCCUCUCAGCUCUGAAAGAUUACAUUUAAAACAACUUGUCUAUCUAGAACCUGUGUUACUGUAGAUAAACCACCUAAUUCACUGUCAAUGGUUUUAUUGGAAAUGCUGAAGAAAUAGUCCCAAUGAAAAUAGAGCCCCACAAACAAAAAUUCUCUUGGCUCCAUUGUAAUAGGUUGUAGCAGAAAUCUCAAGAGAUAUUUCUUUAAAACGAUAACGAAUCAAAACUAUCUGCAUGGAUACGGACAACUACGAGCUACUGAGAAAAUACUUUUUUAUCAUUUCGGUGAACCGAACCCUUAGGUUAAUUACCAAUUUGUACACAGCUCGGCCUUGAAAGAUGGUUGUUAAAUCACUAUAUGACUGUUUUUGUAUGUGAAAAUCCUCAAUUUCUUGUCUGGAUUUUACCAAAUAACUCCUGUGUGGGUGUGAAAGACAUCAUCACAGAGCCCCGAUGGGCAGCACACUCGAAAUAAUGAAUAACAUUACAGAGUAAUCAUGGCUCAAAGUGGGUCCAUUAGGUUUGAAAAACAAUAAUGCACAUCAUGAACUGUUUCGUUGUCUACCUGUGGGUGUUUACGAUCCCCUUCUGUUAGUCUGAUAAUCGUGUCUGAUACUUUUUUUUUUUUUUUUUUUUUUUUUUUUAUAACGCUCAACAUUGUGACUGACAGGUCUUUUGUGUAAGAAUGAAUCCUAGUUGCUCUCCAAAUGCAGAUGUCUUUGCUGAAGCACAUGUUAGUGAAGACCUCACAGUAAACCAGUGUUGGGUUGUGAGGUCUGAUGUAAAUUGGUGUUUUUCGGCAUCUUCUGCUUUGAAGAGAAACUGGAUUUAUUUUGGAUGCUUGUUUUUGAGCAAGUGAGUUGACGGUUUAAAUAUGCAACAAUAAACAAAGCCUCUGAUGGUUUUUCUGUCAUAA